AUGUCCACUCCCUCGUCUCCCAUUGACGCCGGCGACUGGAUUGACCUGUCGCUCUUGGUCCCGGCCGGGCCGGAUGCGCCGGAUCUCGAGUAUGACCCGGACACCGCCAACCGCAUCCUGACGGAGGCCCUGCAGCCCGGGGCCCCGGAGGCCGAGCGCGCGGCCCUUCUCCUGCCGGCUGCCACGGACCCCAGCUCCCUGCCGUUCCUCCGGCCCCGGUGGGCCACGGCCGCCCAUGCCGGGCGCCAGGCCGGCACCAAGAUCACCCUGCCGCCGAACCCGAAUGACACGUCUGAUGGCGAUGACCAUGUUGAUCCGCCGGUCAGCGAGGAUGCCCUGGACCAGCUGCUGGCCGCGGUGGCCCGGUCCUCGGCCUUCCGUUUCCCCCAGUCCGAUGAGGAUGCCCUGGCCUCGUUGGAUGAUGAGGACCAACGCGAGGCGUUCACCGAGCUGCGUGAGCGCCUUUCCGGCGCCUUCGACGGCAGCGAGCCCCUCGCCGCUCCGGACGCCCUCUUCCCCCUGGAUGGGGCGUGCCUGGUGCGGUAUCUGCGUGCGCGGAACUUCUCCGCCGCCGACGCGGAGAAGAUGCUGCGUGCCACGUGUGAGUGGCGCUCCGCCACCAAGCCCUAUCGCAUUCGCCGGUCGGACAUCUGCGCCGAGGCCGAGACUGGCAAGCUCUUUGGCUCGGGCUUCGACCAUGGCGGUCGGCCGGUCCUCUCCAUGGCCCCGGGCCGGGAGAACACCUCCACCUUUGAGCGUCAGAUUCUUCAUGUGCUCUUCACUUUCGAGGCUAUGGUGGCCCUCAUGCCGCGCGGCGUGUCCCAGUGGCUGGUUCUGAUUGAUUUCGACAACUACAGCAGCUCGACCUUCCCCUCGAUCGGGCAGUCGAAGAACUUCAUCAAUGUCCUGUCUCACCACUACCCCGAGCGUCUGGGCAAGACCUUCAUGAUCCGGUCCCCCUGGAUCUUCUACCCUGCCUUCAAGGUGGUGUCUGGCUUCCUGGAUCCGAAGACCUCCUCCAAGAUUGCGUUUGCCGGGGAGAAGGCCAAUGACGAGGGGCGCCAACUCAUCCAGGCCAUGCUGCCGGCCGAGCAUACUGAGCGUCGCCUCCACCCGGAGGGCCAGGUUGUGGUGGAGCUGUCGCCGGCUCCGGCGAACAAGGCCGAGCAGGGGCAUUCCGGCUCCAUUCCCCGUUUCGACAUCAACCUUCACCUGGAUCGCAUUCUCUCUUUGCUCCAUGCCAUUUAUUGA